GACCGCUAGGUUAGGACCUCGGAGAGCGCCAGGCGCCGCUACCAGAGGGACUAGUGAAGCGGCUGGAGCCGGGCCGGACCCACGCCUUCGAGCCCUCCUCCCUCGGCCCCCUCAGCUUCCCGAGCUGGCAGGCGACGAGUGGCGUCUGAGGAAGUGUUUAAAAUGAAGAAGUUUAAUUUCCGAAAAGUUCUGGAUGGCUUAACUGCCUCCUCCCCUGGCAGUGGUAGCAGCAGUGGCAGUAACAGUGGUGGUGGGGCUGGAAGUGGUUCCCUACCUCCCGCGGGGACUGCAGGGGUUCUCAGAGAGGAAAUUCAGGAAACCUUGACUUCAGAGUAUUUCCAGAUUUGCAAGACAGUUCGGCAUGGUUUUCCUCAUCAGCCCACAGCAUUAGCCUUUGAUCCAGUUCAGAAAAUCUUGGCUAUUGGGACGAGAACAGGUGCUAUACGAAUACUCGGGAGACCUGGUGUUGAUUGCUAUUGCCAACAUGAAAGUGGCGCAGCUGUCCUACAGCUCCAAUUUUUGAUCAAUGAGGGUGCCUUGGUCAGUGCAAGUUCAGAUGAUACACUUCAUUUGUGGAACCUUAGACAAAAAAGGCCAGCCAUUCUCCAUUCUCUUAAAUUUAACCGAGAACGAAUUACUUACUGUCAUCUACCUUUCCAGAGUAAAUGGCUUUAUGUUGGAACAGAAAGAGGAAAUACACAUAUUGUAAAUAUUGAAUCUUUCAUUCUUUCUGGAUACGUUAUCAUGUGGAACAAGGCAAUUGAACUAUCCACCAAGACUCAUCCAGGUCCAGUUGUACAUUUAAGUGAUAGCCCAAGAGAUGAAGGGAAACUGCUAAUAGGUUAUGAAAAUGGUACUGUAGUAUUCUGGGACUUGAAAUCUAAAAGAGCAGAACUGAGAGUUUAUUAUGAUGAGGCUAUUCAUUCAAUUGAUUGGCAUCAUGAGGGCAAACAGUUCAUGUGCAGCCAUUCAGAUGGUAGUUUGACUUUAUGGAACCUGAAAAGCCCAAGUCGCCCUUUCCAGACCACAAUUCCACAUGGAAAAAGUCAAAGAGAAGGAAGAAAAUCUGAAUCUUGUAAACCAAUUCUUAAAGUAGAAUACAAGACCUGCAAAAACAGCGAACCAUUCAUAAUAUUCUCUGGUGGGCUGUCCUAUGACAAAGCUUGUAGAAGACCAAGUUUAACCAUCAUGCAUGGAAAAGCAAUUACAGUACUUGAAAUGGAUCAUCCUAUUGUUGAAUUUCUAACUUUAUGUGAAACGCCCUAUCCAAAUGAAUUUCAAGAACCCUAUGCUGUCGUAGUACUUCUGGAGAAAGAUCUCAUUGUAGUUGAUCUGACACAAAGCAAUUUUCCAAUCUUUGAAAAUCCAUAUCCCAUGGACAUUCAUGAAUCACCAGUUACAUGCACAGCAUACUUUGCAGAUUGUCCUCCGGAUUUGAUUCUAGUACUGUAUUCUAUAGGAGUCAAGCAUAAAAAACAAGGAUACAGUAAUAAGGAGUGGCCAAUCAGUGGAGGAGCUUGGAACCUUGGAGCACAAACAUAUCCAGAAAUUAUUAUUACUGGUCAUGCAGAUGGAUCAAUAAAAUUUUGGGAUGCUUCUGCAAUAACUCUGCAGAUGCUGUACAAGCUAAAAACUUCAAAAGUGUUUGAAAAACAGAAGGUCGGAGAAGGAAAACAAACAUGUGAAAUUGUAGAGGAAGACCCAUUUGCCAUUCAGAUGAUUUACUGGUGUCCAGAGAGCAGAAUAUUCUGUGUAUCAGGAGUCUCUGCAUAUGUCAUAAUUUAUAAAUUCAGCAGACAUGAAAUUACAACAGAAAUAGUGUCAUUAGAGGUACGACUGCAGUAUGAUGUUGAAGAUAUUAUUACCCCUGAACCAGAAACAAGUCCUCCGUUUCCAGAUCUCUCAGCCCAGCUUCCUUCUUCAGGGAGUCUUUCUGGGAGCACUAACACUGUUGCCAGUGAAGGAGUAACAAAGGACAGUAUCCCAUGCCUCAAUGUUAAGACACGGCCAGUGCGAAUGCCUCCAGGAUAUCAAGCAGAACUUGUUAUUCAAUUGGUGUGGGUGGAUGGUGAACCUCCACAACAGAUUACUAGUCUUGCUGUAAGCUCAGCAUAUGGAAUAGUUGCAUUUGGGAACUGCAAUGGGUUGGCUGUGGUGGAUUUUAUACAGAAGACAGUACUGUUAAGCAUGGGGACCAUUGACCUAUAUAGAUCAAGUGACUUAUACCAGAGACAACCGCGGUCUCCUCGAAAAAACAAACAGUUCAUUGCAGACAACUUUUGCAUGCGUGGCCUGUCUAACUUUUAUCCUGAUUUAACGAAACGGAUCCGUACUUCCUAUCAGAGUUUAACUGAACUGAAUGACAGUCCAGUUCCUCUAGAACUUGAGCGCUGCAAGUCUCCUACCUCAGACCAUGUAAAUGGACACUGCACAAGUCCAACUUCUCAGAGUUGCAGUUCUGGAAAACGUCUUUCUAGUGCCGAUGUUUCAAAAGUAAAUCGCUGGGGUCCUGGAAGACCACCAUUUCGAAAAGCCCAGUCAGCAGCCUGCAUGGAGAUUUCUUUACCAGUUACAACAGAAGAAAACCGAGAAAAUUCCUAUAAUCGUUCCAGAAGCUCUAGUAUCUCCAGUAUUGACAAAGAUUCUAAAGAAGCAAUUACAGCACUAUACUUCAUGGAAUCCUUUGCACGGAAAAAUGACUCUACCAUCUCUCCUUGUCUGUUCGUUGGAACCAGUCUGGGAAUGGUGUUAAUCAUCUCCUUAAACCUACCAUUAGCAGAUGAACAAAGGUUUACAGAGCCAGUCAUGGUAUUGCCAAGUGGUACAUUCCUCUCAUUGAAAGGAGCUGUGCUAACAUUCUCUUGUAUGGACCGAACGGGUGGAUUAAUGCAACCGCCAUAUGAAGUUUGGAGGGAUCCAAACAACAUAGAUGAAAAUGAAAAAUAUUGGAGAAGGAAAGUGGUAAUGAACUCAUCUUCUGCAUCCCAAGAAAUAGGAGAUCAUCAGUAUGCAAUAAUCUGCUCAGAAAAACAAGCCAAAGUCUUCUCACUGCCUUCUCAGACUUGCCUUUAUGUUCAUAACAUCACGGAGACAUCUUUUAUACUGCAAGCAAAUGUGGUGGUCAUGUGUAACAGUGCCUGCUUGGCAUGCUUUUGUGCUAAUGGACAUAUCAUGAUAAUGAGCCUACCUAGUCUUCGCCCAAUGUUGGAUGUUAAUUAUUUGCCACUGACAGACAUGAGGAUAGCACGAACAUUUUGUUUUACCAAUGAAGGACAGGCAUUAUACCUCGUCUCUCCUACAGAAAUUCAGCGGUUAACAUACAGCCAAGAAAUGUGUGAUAAUCUACAGGACAUGCUAGGAGAUUUGUUUACUCCCAUAGAGACACCAGAAGCUCAAAACAGAGGCUUUCUUAAGGGACUGUUUGGUGGAAGUGGACAAACAUUUGACAGAGAAGAGCUCUUUGGGGAAGCUUCAGCAGGAAAAGCAUCCCGCAGCCUUGCGCAACACAUUCCUGGACCAGGUAGUAUAGAAGGGGUGAAAGGCGCUGCUGGAGGGGUGAUGGGAGAGCUGACCCGUGCACGAAUCGCACUUGAUGAAAGAGGACAGAGGCUAGGAGAGCUGGAAGAGAAAACUGCAGGCAUGAUGACCAGUGCAGAAGCAUUUUCCAAACAUGCACAUGAGUUAAUGCUGAAAUACAAGGAUAAGAAGUGGUACCAAUUCUAACUCCUAAAGAAGCUGUGACUGCUUUGAGAAACCAUAUUCAGGGAAACCAAAUUUAUUCCCAGCAUCACUAUUCAACUGCUAGAAGGCAGUUUCUUCUACAAAAUGUUCCAUUUACAGUCAAUCUGAAAUUAUCAUAAAGGAGAUGUAUCAGAGACGCUGUACAACCCAAAGGCUGGAGCCCUGGUUAAAAUCCCAAGAUAUGGCUGAAUUUGCCUUUUCCCAUGUGGAAUGGAGCUAUCAUCUUGGCAUGUCAUUCGAUAAGGAUUUAUAUUUAGGAACUACGGGGAGUCCUCUUGAUUUGAAAAUUCCUGUACAAACAAAAGCAUUAAUGCACUUAAUGAAAACAAAUCUUUGCAUGAUAAAUUAACAUCUUAAGAGGAAAAGAAAAAAAAAAAAGCAUGUUGUGAUAGAAGAAAAAAAAAGAUUCAUGGUAAACUAUUUCUAUCAAUUGGGCCACACUCAACAAUUUUAAAAAUCUGCAUUUGAAGAUGUCAGUGCAUUUCAAAUAUAUUUGCCAUACCCAACUGAAAAGGAAAACAAAACAAAACAAGAACCCAGAGUUUUCUCCUCAUCAUUUUACUAGAACAUUAUUGAAUUCUUGUGGCAAGAGUCUGAUUAAUGUUCUCUCUCCAUGUUUUACAUCAUUCACAGUUCUGUCAUAAUCAAAUAUUGCCAGUAUAGUAAAUUAUUCCCAACACAAUUAUUUUCAUUUCUAUCACCUUCAGAAUGGGUUGCUGUUUUUAGCACAAACCAUGCAGGGUUGGGUCACCUCAAAGCAUUUUCUUCAGCCUGGCUUGUACUCUAUAGGGGAGUUGGUAGUAGGUUUGGGGAAUCUAUAGGAAUAAUAGUUAGCUAUGAGAACUGACUUCACAAAAAGGGAAAUUUCACACACCCCAAUUUCAGUUUCUAAAGUGAUAUAUUUUAAAAGCUUCAUUUGUAUCCUUGUCUGCCAGUUACACAGUAUAUUACUGUUCAAACCCAGUAGGGUCUGCAAUCGAAAGGUGCUCUUGCAGCCUGAUAUUCACAAACCAAACCAGAUAACCAAACUGGCCAUUCUCUUUAGUGUGAUUCAGUAAAACCUCAGUUAAUGUUUUGGGAAAGGGAUUCUGAUUUAUGACAUUUCUGAUUUACAAGGGCUUUCAUUAGAAAAUACCUUUCGGUUUGAUACUUACCACUGGAAAUCUUUAUAAAAUAUAGUGAUGUGUUUGCUAUCUUGCCCUCAGUCAUCAUUAUAGACAACAGAAAUACAUAAAGAGUUUAAUGAUACAAAAUCAAUAUUUUUGUCACUAGGUCAAAUAAUAUAAGCCACCAGAUUAUGUCAAUAGAUGCCAAACACCUGUCCCUUAUUAAAAACUCUUUUAAAGUUGGAAUAAAGAAUAUCCUUAACAUGAUACAAGGUAUCUAUCAUAACUCACCAGAAAAGUACCAGAAUCAAAACCAAAUAGACACUACCAUUUCACAUGAUUCUGGAAGUCAAAAGUUAUAGGAAUGUAUAUAUACAUAUUCCAGGACCCAUCCUGUAAUAUGUUGUUUAUUCAAGAAAAUUUUUAAUUAUGGUUUUGGCUUAUUGCAUUUUUGUUAAUCAAGGUCUUAUUGGAUUUACAUUUGUGUUAAGAGUUCACAAUUUUCCUGAAUUUCAGGUUAUUUCAUUAGCCAAAAAAAAGGUAUUUUUAUUUCCUUUAUAGUCUAAUUUUUUGCCAGAAGUUGUACUUUCUAGCAAAUGUUUCUAGUGGUACAAUGUUCUCAGUAAUUUUGAGAAGAACAAAGAUGAGUGAAAGAGUUAAGAUAAUGUACACUAGGAUAGCAUUUCUCAGAGUCCUUGAAUCCUCUUGUUAAAAAAGCCUGUGAAUCUCCCAGACUCCUGUGAACAGCCUUAUGGUAACAGAAUCCAGCUUGGAAACACAGAUAUUACAUGACUGUAUAAUGUAUAGAAUUAUAAAAUUAUAUGGUAAAAAUAUUAAAGAAACUUAAGAUUAGGAUCUAGAAAACACUAGUGGCCAAAUUGCAAUGUAUUAUUUGUACCAUCAGUUUCAAAGACUUAGUUUUCUGAUUUUCAGAACAAAUACUUUAUCAUUUCUGUAUUUUAAAAAAAACCUAAAAGAGUAAAAUAUUAGUUUAUUUUAGAAAUAAUGAAAUUCAGUCCAAAGUAGCAGUACCUUUGAUGAGUAUCUCUGAAGCCCUCAAUAAGAUUUGACUUGUUUUAACUUGAUCUACAUCGAGAUUUCUCAUAGCGGCACUAUUAGCUGAAAGUCUUUAUUGUGGGGAACUGUCCUGUGUAUUGCAGGAUGCUAGCAACAUCCCUGGCCUCUGUCUACUAGAUGCCAGUAGGAACCUCCUAGUAAUGACAAUCGAAAUGUCAUGGCCAAAAUUUCUCCCAGUUUAUAGCCACUAUUCUACAUCAUACAAAGAGGUAGAUUGUGUGAAUAUGUAAUAUAUGUUGUAUAAAACUGUACAAUAAGUAUACAAUGUCUUAGCAAGAAAAAUUAUUAUACCCAAAAUUACAUGUGUGGUUCAUAUGCAAUAAAAUACAAUUUUGAAGAAAGCGUAUAGGAAUCAGUGAAAAAUAACAACUACAGAAUAUUUUAAGGCACACAGAGAAAAUAUCAAAAAGGACAUUAUAGUAUUUCACUGUAGAAGUGCUUAAAACUUUGGUCUCAGUGAAUAGAUCAAAAGUUUAUAAUUAGCACACCAAUUGGAAGUAAACAGGUGCUUCUAAAAUGCUUGAAAAGAAAAGGCUCUUUGAAGUAGUUUAAACGUGUCUUUCAAAAUUGUUUUUAUAAGCCCUUCCUUAACGUAAGGGUACUUCAUCUCACAAACUCCUGGUUAGUGGAAUCCAAAUUAAUGAGGUUUUACUGUAUCAAAAUUAUUUUUAUAAUUCAAAGAGACAGCAAUAAGAAGAAUCUAAUGUGGAUGUGAUUUUUCUCUUUGAACAUUUCUGUUCUGUUGCACUGACCUUAGCGCGCGCACACACACACACACAUAUUGCCACCACUAUCAUCAUCAUCUUAUCCUCACCUUUAGAAAAUGAGUACUGUUGAUCCAUGUAAUCCUUUGCAUAGUCUCAUCUUUCCUAUCUUUCUUCUAUUCUGGAACAUAAGAAAAAUACUCCUAGUAACGUGGACAAUGAUACAGAAAGUGACUCUGAGCCUUAGUUACCAUCAAAAUUACACUUUAUCUGCUAAAGCGAUAUCAGAAGAUAAGGCUUGCAAACCACAGUCCCAACAAGUUGACCUUGUCUCCCUACGACUUCCUCAAAAGAUAAGGCCUUUUUAGUGUUACAGCAGAAAAUGGGCCUUUUCAUUUAUUCAUCUAUGAGAAGCUAGAAGUACUUCUCUGAUAAUAAUGUGAGCAAUAAUCCCUACCUUGAAAUCAUCCAUUAAUCUUGGAGUUUGGAGGGAGGGAUGAUUGAUUCCUCAUUGGUUUUAAUCGCCUACAAAAGCAGUACUACUGGCUUUGCUUCUUACACUUCACUGAGCCCCAGACUUUAGGGCCCCAAUCACUGUCAAGAUCACUGUCCGACUGGAACUUUGAAAGGACAGUGACAGAACUGAAUGAGAUGUUUUCCAGUGAUUCAGUCAUAAAGAUAAUUCUUUCAAAUAUUUUGAAAGUGACUCUCAAAUUAAUAAAUCAAAAUCCAACUAUUUCCCCUCAAAGUUGUUAGGGAUCUGAAAGGAAAAAGUUUACUGUUGGAGUCCCUUUUUAUGUGACCAAUGUACCAGUUUUAAAGGUACCAUCUAUACUUUAUCUACAUGAAGGGAUCACCAUGACUUUGAGAGAAAAAAGAAUCAGAUUAGGCCUAAGAUUGGUUGAAGAUUAAAAUAGACUCUUAUGUUCAAGCAGAAGGGAAAAAUGAAGCCAAUCUAGAAAAGUAAGCUAAAAAUCCUCUCCUUGGCUUAGGAUCACUGGGACAAACUGGGAGUAUAUCUGUGUGAUUACACCCUGCUGCUAUGAGAAAAAAGAACUGUAACCUGACCAUGUUGGCUCACACAGGGCAAUGCCAAAAGAAGUCAAAAUGUAUCAGGUCUUGGUCUUUGUGUCAGGAGAAACGUGGUAGCUUUCAUAGCUUCUUCCUCUGUCCUCUGUCACGCAACUCCAUUUUUGGCUGGGUACUAUUUCACAUGCACACUGUCGUGGGUGCCAGAAAUACUUGUGGUGUACUUGGUUUGAGCAGUACCUCUAAUAUGCACCAUUCCAGGGAACAUAGUUGUUAACAUAACAAGUUUAGUGUGUGUAUUUGCAGACAACAUAGCCCUGAAAGCAUGAAAUGUAGAAUAGGUAAGGUCUGUCUCAGAAAAGGAGAAGGAAUUACCAAUUUGGUGCAAGAAGAUUGUGGUGAGGAAGGACAUGGGAGCCACAGUGAAGUGAAAGAGGCUUUAAGGAACCAGAGGCACAGAUGCUUUGAUUUCCAUAUUUAUCUAGAGGAGUGAUUCUCAACCUUGGCUCUACAUAAGAAUCACCUCAGGAAAUUUUAAAAUUCCCAAUUACAUUAAAAUCAUUUGGAGUGGGAACCAGAUACCAAUAUUUGUGAAAGCUCCAAGGUGGUUCUAAUGUCCAGCCAAAGGUGAUUAUCACUGCUUUAUGGCCAACUAAGGAAAACUUGUUUGUUUGCCUUGGCUGGUGCUCCAGCCCCAGUUCUGAGUGGUCAGGGAAGGCAAGAUGUAAGAUAUUGUAAUGAUAUUUAUUCUCUACGUGUCACAGAACAAAAGUAUUUGGGAACUUCUGACCAGGCAAUGCCCCAUUAACUCUUAAUAACCGUCUUUGUGAUAUUCUCGUAUGUGACUUGUCCAUCAAUUAUUCCAAUUAAAAGGUCUGUUUUUUUUCAACUGUCUUACACAUGUGACAUCACAAGAUACCAGAAGUAGCACAGUAUAUACAACAGCAUAUAAAGCUAAGUGGAAAACUAAUUCUUCAUAUUUAGACAGUGGAAAUUCUCAAAACAAUCAUUUGCUAAAUUAGGUCCAAAUUUAUUAUUCAUUCUUCUUCUGGAGGAGACAUGGGUACCAGGUACCUGUUCUGUUGUAGGUAUAUUUCACUGGACUUUGUCUUGGCAAAAAGGAAGAACAAAUCUUCCUUUUUGAUUGUUAUCUCAAUCAAAAGCUCCCAGGGCCACUUGGAUUUAUUUUCUUAGUCUUUGGACAUGUGUUUAAAGGAAAAGAAUACCUGUAACUUGCUAUAUGACAUCCAGUGCCCUGAAAGGUGCUUACACCUUCAAAAAAGGAAAAUCCAGCCUAUCAAAGGCAGUAACGCAUACUGAGAAGAAAUUCAGAGUUAUCGCCCUCAUACUGCUUUCCCUCUGCUGUUGGCCCACCCUUCUUGACUGCAAAGCCAGAAAAUAAACUAGGUGGUGGUUUUGGACAAUUGUACACAGGAUCAGAAUCUCUAAUAACCUAUAAUUUUUAGUACUUAAUUAUGUGAUGUUUUAUUCUAGGAAAUAAGAAACAGAUGACAUCAUUGAUGUAUCUUUCUUUCAUCUUCAGAAUUUUUGCAUCUUUUCAGAAAAUGACAAAUUACUAUUUUUCUGUUGCACUCAGCAAUUGUGACUAUACUUAACAAAAUUCUUGUAGUCUGUAGAGAUAUCAAUAAAAUUGUAUAUGUUUGUACAUA